CAGGCGACCAGCAGAAAGAGCCCGUCGGGGGAGAAACAGAGACUCUUGGAGCGAGCGAGUGAGGAGCAGGGGCACCAGGUCUCUCGUCCUGUAACCAGCGUGCUGGCGGGGGGGCAGGGGGGUUUCGGACAGACAGGAAAAGCCAUGUGUGUGGGUUGGAACAGCUGAAGCCUGGCUCUGGAUUGCCUGGAAUGCGGUAGAUGGAGAGAGAAACGAGACUUUUAUGGAAACUGGCUGCGGAGCCGUCACUUCACUCACACGGCGCUGCGCGCAACCCGAGUGAGUGAGCUACACGCGUCUCCUGUCUGCCACAAUUUCGGAUUACAGCUCGGCGUCGGUUUUUUUACCGGUUGAUCCUUUCUUCCAGGGGGAAAUUCUUAUGUCAGAAAGCUGCUGAAUAGAUCGUCCUAAAAAAAAAGGUGCCUUUUGAAGACCAGUGUGCAGACAGUGUCCAGUGCCCAGUCUAAGCAUCAGAAACACAGCCAUGACUGAUGUGGCACAGAAGACAGAGAUCCUUCUUUCUUCCUCCAAACCCGUCGCGAAAUGCUACGUGCCCAAGCUUGGGAAGGGGGAUGUUAAGAAUAAGUUUGAAGCGAUGCAGAAGGCCAGGGAGGAGCGGAGCCAGAGGAGAAGUCAGGAGGAGCACCAGAGGAGGAGGGAGCAGUACAUUAGAGAGAAAGAGCGGAACCGCAGAAAACAGCAGAUGAAAGAACUCCUUGCUUCUGAUGAAGAAGAAGACACAAAGCCAGCAAAACCAGAAAAAUCCUACGUACCAAAAAUCACAGUCUGUGCAGGGAGUGUGAAGGGCAAGUUUGCAGAGAUGGAGAAGCAGAGGCAGGAGGCAGAGAGGAAAAGGACGGUGGAGGAGAGGCAGCGCAGACUCACGCAGGACACCCUGGAGAAGUCCAAAAUUCAGCGGGAGCUGGCCAAGAAGGCGGAGGAGAUUGAUGACUUAAAUAAUACUGGAUGUGGCUCAGAAACCGAGGAAGGCGACGACUCCCUGCUGGUGAAGGUGGUACCGGUGAAGACAUCCAAGACCCCAGGCAAAAUCAAAGUCAACUUCGAGGACUUGGAGAAGACGCGGGAGGAGGAGGAGAGGAAGAGGAAAGAGGAGGAGAAGACGAAGAGAUACGAGGAGCACCGGCGUUCUUUCCGCGAGGCGAAACGGCGCUCCGUGGUCCACUCGGAGGACGAAGCGCAACCCAAGGAAGUGAAGGAGCAGGUCACCCCCGGCAAGCUGAAGCUGACCUUCGAGGAGCUGGAGAAGCAGAGACAGGAGCAACAGAAGAAGCAGGCGGAGGAGGAGGCCAGGAGGCGUCUGGAAGAGGAGAGGAGGGCCUUCGAGGAAGCCAGGUUGCAAAUGGGCAGCACAGAGGAGGAGGAACAAGGUGCCCAGUCCCUGAAGGAGGAUCUCCGCCCGGGGAAGUUAAAGCUAAGCUUCGAGGAGCUGGAGAGGCAGAGAGUGGAGGAGGAGAAGAGGAGGGCGGAGGAGGAGGCCAAGAGACGCAUGGAGGAGGAGAAGAAGGCCUUCGCCGAAGCCAGAAAGAGCAUGGUGCUGGACGACUCCGACGACCCGCUGGCCUCCCUGCUCACCAAGGAGGGGGUGAAGCCGGGCAGGCUGGGCCUGGGCUUCGAGGAGCUGGAGCGCCAGCGGCGGGCGGAGGAGCAGCGCCGUGCGGAGGAGGAGGCGAGGCGGCGGCUGGAGGAGGAGAAGCGGAUAUUCGCCGAGGCGCGCAAGAGCUUGAGCCCAGGCCAGGAUCAGGAAAAUUCAGGAACUGGAUAUGGAGAUAAUGUACUCGACGAUGAAGAGGGACUAAUAAAAAGUGAGUCUCAGGAGGCUCUAGCACCUGGGAAACUGGACAUUAACUUCGAGGAGCUGCUGAGGCAGAAGGAGGAAGCUGAAAAGAGGCGCACAGAGGAGGAACGCAGGCAAAAACUGGAACUGGAGAAGCAGGAAUUUGAGCAGCUCAGACAGGAAAUGGGAGAGGAGGAAAUAAAUGAGAGCAGUGACGUCGUCAGCGCGGAGUACGAAGAACUGUUAAAGCUGAAGAGAGCAGGCUCCAUCCACGCCAAGAACUUGAAAUCGAAAUUCGAAAAUAUAAGCCAACUGACCGAAGAGGAAAUACAGAAAAAAAUCGAGGAGGAGAGAGCAAGAAGAAAAGCCAUCGAUAUCGAAAUCAAAGAAAGGGAAAGUGAACGAUUCCAGGAGGAAGAUGCAGAGGAGGCCAGAAGGGAGGUCUCCCAAGUUCAGGAAGCCCCAUUUAAACACAAGGUGGACAUGAGAGCUCGGUUCGAGCAAAUGGCAAAAGCCAGAGAGGAAGAGGAGCGGAAGAGAAUUGAAGAGCAGAAACUACUUAGGAUGCAGUUUGAGCAGCAAGAAAUCGAUGCGGCCUUGCAAAAGAAGCGGGAAGAGGAGGAUGAGGAGGAAGGGAGCAUCAUCAAUGGAUCAACGUGCGAAGACGAAGAGGAACACGCGAGAUCUGGGGCUCCGUGGUUCAAAAAGCCUCUGAAGAACCUGUCGGUAGUGGAUGCCGAACCAGUCCGGUUCACCGUUAAAAUCACCGGGGAACCGAAACCAGAAGUUACCUGGUGGUUCGAAGGAGAAAUGCUACAGGACUGCGAGGACUAUCAAUACAUAGAAAGGGGAGAAACGUACUGCUUAUUCCUGCCAGAGACGUUUCCAGAAGAUGAGGGAGAAUACAUGUGCAAAGCAGUGAACAGCAGAGGCACAGCUGCAAGCACCUGCAUUCUUACCAUUGAAACUGAGGACUACUGAUGCCCUUGCUUUACUGGAACUUUGCCUGUCCUUCAUGUCUUUUGUGUCCAUCUUCAUACUCCAUCUUUCUUAUGGUGGGGCCAAAAGAAUAUUAAAAUCUGGGAUUUGUGUCAUUCCUCCAUGGUUAAAAAAAAUAGCACAGUUUAUACCUUGCUCCUCCUCAUUUAAACCCAGCUCUUCAUUCAGAAAAUACAGAAGUAGAUUUUAAACACUUUCAUUUUCAACUGUGCCAAACCAGAGAACAAAAUUCUUUACAUAAGUAAUCUGACUGAUAUUUUUUAAUCCUAUAACUUAAAGUGCAAUUGGAUUUUCCAUUAUUCUUCUGAUGUACAGAAAUCUCAAAAGCAGUCUUGAUUUUUGAAUUCUAAAAUGCUAUUUUAAGUGUAAUUCAGGCACCAGGGGAAAAUGUUAUUGAUCACAGCCUUCAGAAACUAAACUCUUGAGCCCUGAAGAUGAAGAACUGAAUAUGAAUGAAGCCUGUGAAGAGAACCUACAUUAAAAGUUUUUUUAAACCCGUUGUAAAGUUUUUAACCUUGUUUCUUUGAUCUUUAUAGGAAGUUUGAUUUUGUAGAACAGAUACAGAAACAUUGUAGCUUCUGGUUUUCAUAAUUUCAUGAUCACACUAAAUGGCAAAAUGUGAGAACGCUACAAAAGGUAAUUGCUUUGAUAUGAAUAUAUUCUAAAAAGUGCACACCAUCCUGUUGGUGCAAAAACCUCCAGUUUCAGCACAACCAAAUUUGUGAUGUUUUAAAUUUAAAUUAAACAUUUUAAAAGUCUUA